AUGGAUACCGGAGGUAAUGCCUUACCAUCUGGAGCAGAUGGAAAGAAGAGAAAAGUGUCCUACUACUACGAUCCAGAGGUUGGAAAUUAUUACUAUGGGCAAUUUCACCCAAUGAAGCCACACAGGAUGAGGAUUACUCAUACUCUCCUCGCGCAUUAUGGAUUACUCCAAAAUAUGACUGUUUUGAGGCCAAAUCCUGCUCGAGAGAGAGAUAUUUGCAGGUUUCAUGCAGACGAUUAUGUCAAGUUCUUGAAAACGGUCACCCCAGAGACACAGCAGGAUUACAUGAUGCAAUUGAGAAGAUUUAAUGUUGGUGAUGACUGCCCUGUAUUUCAUGGUCUUUACUCCUUCUGUCAAACUUAUGCCGGAGGUUCUAUUGGUGGAGCGGUCAAGUUAAACCAUAAAAAGUGUGACAUUGCAAUAAAUUGGGCUGGUGGAUUGCACCAUGCAAAGAAAUGUGAGGCUUCCGGUUUCUGCUAUGUGAAUGACAUUGUUCUUGCAAUUUUGGAACUCCUCAAAUAUCACGAGGCAGAUGAAGAUGAAGAUGAUAAAAUGGAAGAAAAAGGUCCUGAUUCUGAUGUUUAUGUUGAGAGUGAAAGCAAUUCUAUACCUAACAGAGUGAGGAUGAAAUCUGUUGAACCUGAAGAGAACGAUAAGGAUGAUAUGAAAGUUUAUGAGCACACUAGAGAGGUGGGCUCAUCAUCUGUUGAGAUGACAUGCUUGGAGGGUUCUAUUUCAGCUGAAGAAGUAAUAGAUGCACCACAUGAUAAAGUUGAGCAGCCAAAUUCAAAGAACCUGCAUGAUCAGCAUGAUGAAAUGGAACAAGAUUAA